CACAGCUUCUAUAAAAUCCUUUUCCCUUUCCUUGCGCCACCCUCCUCCUCCUCCUCCUCCACCAUUCUCCCCCAUCUCAUCUUCUCCUUCAAAAGUAAAACUACACCCAUUAAAUCUCUCUUUUCGUUUCUGUAACGGUGACGAACCAAGGGAAACCAACUCAGAUGAUGACAGACGACUGGCUUACGGCGGCGUUGACGAACGACGCCAUGGUGGUGGAGCUUCUGAUACGUAUGAAACAACCUUCAUCUCUAGAUUCAUCAUCACCAACGACUACAUCGACAGCGUUGUUACCUCCGAUUAGGUGGGGCCAUCAUAAGUCGCGGUCGAAACCAUUCCCUAUCACCACAACGAACGCCGCCGCAGCCGCCGCAGCCAGUGGUUUCGGGAAAGAACAACAGAGUGGUAGCCCAACAACGCCGUUGUAUUGGAGAGGUGGCGAUGGUGGUGGAGGAGGUGUUUCGACCAGCGACGGUUACGAAGAAUCUAGUCGCCCUUCAGAUCUCUCAUCCGGCGGUAGAUCCAUCAAGGGUGGUUUGGGAAAUGAGGGUGCAACCACAUCUACGUACAAGAAAUCAAGAAAAAGAAAGUCAUUUGCUGAACUUAAAGAGGAAGAAGAUUUUCUCAUGAAGGAAAGAUUACAUUUAAAUAGGGAGUUGGAGUCGAUGCGGGUAACCAUGAAUAAACAAAUUGUCACAAGUCAGAAUUUAAGGAAAUUAAAGAUUGAGAAAACAUCCGAGAUGUUAGACAACGAACCCCAACCUCGGGCUCAAAAACCAUAUGUAGUUGAACCAGAAAUUGAAGGUCACGAAAAUGGGUUUGUUUUGCCUGAUCUGAACAUGACACCUGAUGUGGAAGAACUUCUCCUCUAAGCGCUAAAGGAAAGAUUCCGUGUGUGUAAAUUGUGAUACAAAAUAAAACCUUUGCAUGCAGACACAAAACAGUUGCCGGUUUAGAGAAGGUUUUUCUAAGUUACUAAAUCUAUAACAUUGUUUAAGUUGAACAUUGUUUAAGUUGUACAUUGUGACGGAUUUUUUGGUUUUUUAGUACUCGAAAAGUGCGUAAUGAAAGUUAGCUUAGAGUAUGAUAAGUCAGAAAGUUUUGGUAAUAUUUUAGCAGGUAUAACGUCGUUCUUACGUUGUUUUUAAUGAUAUUAUCUCAUUGUUCU